AUGUUUCUAACCCUCAAGGACGCUGUAAAAUUUGCUAAUUCACCGGAAGGAAAAUCUAAUGGAGCUCGUUUCAAUCGCUUUGGUACUCCAAAAGAAGCUCUCGACUUCUUUGCAUCAAGUGAAUGUCAAGGCACUCCACAGUGUUCGAACGCAACACCAUCCGUGCCCGUAGAACCUGUGAUUCCGCAUCCUUCUGUAAGCCGAAUCCAGAUGAAUGACUUCAAAAGAGCUAUUGAGAAGGGCACCAUUGAAGCUGUUAGGUGGGUGCUUUCUGUAGUUAGGAUGAGGUUAUACAUUCCCUCUAAGAAUAUCCUAUGUUACAGUGAUCUCAUUAGCACAAAUCCUCGCUUUCUUGUCAAUACAAGUGGGGAUACUGCUGCUAUUGUUAUGGUGAGUAACGAGAAAUUUGGGUUUCGAAAAUAA